CACCACUGCCCUUCAAGGCGGGUCUUCGAGUGAAAGGAGCAAUAGUGGGAAGUCCAUCCCAAUACAGUAGGAGGUUUUCUUCCAGUGACUGAGGGAUAGGACCAUGUAGAGACAGCCAUGCCUCUCUUUUGCUUCAGCCUGCUGCUUCUCCUUGGGGCUUCCACAGGAUGCCAGCAUCCCAUCUGUUGGUGCUCAGACCGAGGGGCAUUCGUCUGCCAGGAAAGCAAGGUGACCUAUGUGCCAUGGGACAUUCCCAAGAACUCCACAGAACUGGUCUUUUUCCUCACCAAAGUAAAAAUCAUCCCAAAAGGAGCUUUCUCAGGAUUUGACAAAGUUGAAAAAAUAGAAAUCUCUCAGAAUGAUGUCUUGCAAAAGAUAGAAUCGAAUGUGUUCUGCAACCUUCCCAGUCUCCUGGAAAUAAAAAUUGAGAAGGCAGUCAAUCUUGAAAUUAUUGAGCAAAAUGCCUUCCAGAAUCUCCCCAGCCUCAAGUACCUGGUGAUAUCAAACACUGGAAUCAAGCUUUUACCGGCUGUUAACGAGAUACGCUCUUUGCAGAAUUUUGUGUUAGAUAUCCAAGAUAACAUAUACAUCCGCAAAAUAGAAAGAAAUGCUUUCCUGGGUCUAAGUGCUUACCGUGUUGAUAUAAGGCUGAAUCAAAAUGGAAUACAAGAGAUUGAGAACUAUGCCUUCAAUGGGACUAUCUUGUUUGACCUAAACCUUAGUGGUAAUUCCAAACUAGAAAAAUUGCCUAAUGAAGUUUUCCAAGGAGCCCAAGGCCCAGUUUUCUUGGAUAUUUCCGAGACAAAGAUCAGCUUCCUGCCCAGCAUUGGAUUGGAGCACAUUAGCAAGCUGGUUGCAAAAUCUACCUACAAUUUAAAAAAACUACCUGCCAUGGAGAAGUUUCGUGCCUUGAUGGAAGCAAGCCUUACUUACCCAAGUCACUGCUGUGCUUUUGCAAACUGGACAAAACAAAAUGCUGCAUUGCACCCAAUAUGCAAUAAGCUUUCUGUCAAAGAAGACCCUGAUGAGUAUCCUGAAGAUAGAUUCCAAAAAAGAUCUGCAACUGAAGAUGACUUUUCCACUGAUGAUCUCUACCCUGACUUCCAGUGUAAAAAAGAAGUUCAAGUCACUUGCUUUCCUGAGCCUGAUGCCUUCAACCCAUGUGAAGACAUCAUGGGUUACAAUAUUCUCCGAGUCCUCAUAUGGUUCAUCAACAUCUUGGCAAUCAUGGGAAACCUUGUAGUGUUCAUAAUUCUAAUUACCAGCCAGUAUAAGCUUACGGUCCCCCGGUUCCUAAUGUGCAACCUUGCAUUUGCAGAUCUGUGUACCGGCAUCUAUUUAUUGUUGAUUGCACUCAAAGACGUACAGACUAGAAGUCAGUAUUACAACUAUGCCAUAGAUUGGCAAACCGGUGCUGGCUGCAAUGCAGCUGGCUUCUUUACCGUUUUUGCAAGUGAACUUUCUGUCUACACUCUGACUGUCAUCACUUUGGAGAGAUGGCACACCAUCACUUAUGCCAUGGAACUGGAUCGCAAGGUCCGUUUUCGACAUGCACUGGUCAUCAUGCUGGUGGGAUGGGUCUUUGCUUUCACUGUGGCCAUCCUUCCCAUAUUUCAAGUUAGUAGCUACAUGAAGGUCAGCAUCUGCCUACCCAUGGAUGUAGAAACUCCACUUGCUCAGGCAUAUAUCAUGUUUUUGUUGAUCCUGAACAUUUUGGCCUUCCUCAUCAUUUGCACUUGCUACAUCAGCAUUUACUUCACUGUCAGGAAUCCCAACGUCUUCUCAUCUAACAGUGACACCAAAAUUGCCAAGCGCAUGGCCAUACUGAUCUUCACAGACUUCCUCUGCAUGGCGCCCAUCUCCUUUUUUGCCAUAUCAGCAUCUCUCAAGGUCCCUCUCAUCACUGUGUCCAACUCAAAGAUCCUCCUUGUUUUAUUCUAUCCCAUCAACUCAUGUGCCAAUCCCUUCUUGUAUGCCAUCUUCACCAAGACUUUCCGAAGGGAUUUCUUCAUUUUGCUGAGCAAAUUUGGAUGCUGUGAGAUGCACGCGCAGAUUUACAGAACGGAAACCUCUUCUUCUGUUCAUACAACCCAUAUGAAAAAUGGGCACUACACACCAGCUCCUAAAACCAGCGAUGGAACAAUUUAUUCACUGGUUCCUCUGAAUCAUGUGACUUAAAGAAGGUCAACAAUAGAUUUUUGCCAAGAGUUAUCAAAGGGUAAUAUGUGCUUCCCUACGAAAACAGGCAAUUGCUAAAGAAGAGAGAAUAGUCUCCUUGAUCUCCCCUUACCCAUCAAAGCUCCAGCUGUACAAAUGUAACACAGAAUCUGCAGCCUUUAGCCUGUUGGCUGCCUAACUGUGGCCAGAGUAUCUAGACUGAUUACUGGGGGACCACAUUAUAUGUCCUGGUGUCAACACAAUAUAAACACACUCCCUUAAACUGAAUUUAUUUUCGGUGCUGAGAGACAGUGAUAAAAUCUUCUAUUAUUACUUCCUUUUGUGUUCAUGCCCUCCCCCCCAAAGACCUUACUGAUUGCUGCAGACUUAUUUAGUGACUAUACGAAACUGCCUUGUUCUGAGCAAUACUAUUUUUCCAUCUAGCCCAGAAUUCAUCUCUUCCUAACUUGCAGCAGCUCCCCCCGGCAGAGGUCAUUCCCAUCCCUGCUCCCAGAGAUCCUUUUUCUUUAAUUGAAGAGGCAAGGAAUUGACAGUGGAACCUUCUGCAUGCAACGUAUCUGCUCUGCCAAAUUGUUAUCAUGGGAAUAAAUGUCAGACACCAGAUAUCUGAGCAAAAAGCCUGGCUGAUCAGAUACCAGUUCCAUUCUCCCUGUGCUACGGGUCAUGGCGCCUUCUUCUUUUCACCUGUUCAGCCUUCCAAACCAAAGACAAUGAGUAGUCUCACCAUGAAAGAUCAAAUCUGUGCUAUGUCUUAAUUGUGUUUGUGGAACUUCCAUUGUUCUCUCCCCUUUGGUGGUUUUCUGAGAGUCAGUUUGAAAAUGGAUGAGUUAGUCUGAUUGAGGAACAAAGUUUUUAUUCAACUGUCAAUUUAUA